AUGGGUUCUACUGAGGACAUUAGUCUCUCCUUAUCAACUAUUGUGAUUGGUAGUUCCUCUCGGUCACUAAUCGACCUUUCUUGGCUCUCGCCAGUACCGGCUGAAAAGGAGCAGGCCCCUCUUUAUGCGCCGGAGUGGAUAUCAGGGAUAGGCGCGGCUGUUCAUUCCGAAAGCACCAUCAAAGUGCUUAUCGCGGGUUGUUAUUAUAGCUUCUUGAUUGAGAAGUAUCCAACUAGCGAAGAAUCUGUUGAGCUACUGCGGCACCGAGUUAAGCUUCACCAAGGCACAGCCAAAGCUAGCCCUCGUGCUAGAAUAAGUGCGGCCACUAAUGAGUGCGGUGGUGUAACUGGCAGCGGUGUACAGGCCUCAGGCGAUGUAAGCAGUAUAGAGUAUGGUGAUGGUGGUAGUGGCAGUGCCAAUAAUGGCUCGAGUUUGGCGAGUCGAUUGUUCUUUCUUUGGGACCGAGCGGGAAGUGAGCUGGCAGUAGCACGGAACAAUGCCUCGGCGGUGAAAAAGCAUUUGAAGCUGGGACACUCCGAAAGGAUUGAGUCGACAGCUAAGAUUUGGGCUGAGAUUCUGAAGCUCUCUUUAGACACAGGCAUUUCUUUUGUGCCCUUAGACGAAAGUACUGUCGAGUCGGCCCUGGUUUCACUGCAACGGAGUAUUGAUAAGCAGAAAAAAGGCCGGCCUGUAAUAGCUCUUAAGAAACGGGCCGAUCCGAGCGAUGUACUCAAAGAGAUGGUCGGCAGUGUGACCGGAAUCACGGCCGCGGAAGUAGAUGCGAUAGUGCGUCGUUUUAGGAGCACCCGCGGACUACUGGAAGAGGUGCUAAAAUUAAAGGGCCCCGAAGCCUAUGUGCCUGUUGAUGGGGUAAGAAAGAAAGUACUAGUGGCAAUUAGAUCUUUAUUUACUGAGUAA